AUGCCCUCCGCAGCGCCGCCUCCGGGCAUCUACGUCCCCGUCCCCACCUUCUUCGCCCGCAAGUCCGCCGCUUCAUAUGACCCCAUCACGCCUCCCCUCGACCUCGAGACGCAGGCUGCCCACUCUGUAUACCUCGCCCAGGCCGGCAUCAAGGGCCUUGUCAUUCUCGGCUCAACCGGCGAGGCCGUCCACCUGCGCCUCACCGAACGCGGGCAGGUUCUUUCCGCCGCCCGCGCCGCCCUCGAUAAGGCUGGCUUCUCCGACUACCCCAUCAUCGCCGGCACCGCCACCCAGGGCGUCGACGAGACGGUCGAGCACCUGACGGCCGCCCGCGACGCCGGCGCCCAGUGGGGCCUCUGUCUCGUCCCCGGCUACUUCGCCGGCGCCCCGCAACCAGUCGGGCAUCAUCGCCUGGUUCCGCGCCGUCGCUGA